GUGUGGCUGCAGACGUCCCACCUGCACACCCUGUUCGGAUGCAGCCGUCCACCCAGCCGAGCUCAGCUGAGCCGCCGACGCCACGGGCAGUUUGUCUGCUUGAACGCCGCCGCCGUCAGACACAACAGUUCACAGAUCCCACCUGAUGAAGGGGUUACAGCAGCUCCAGUGGAGUUCCUCAGCAGUCCUCCUGUCCUGGACUCGUCCUCCGUGUCUCUGCCUGCUGAUGUCWUCGCAGCAGCAGCACCUGAGCAGAUCACAGCUGAAACUCUUUCCAUGGCAACCUCAGCAGCAGACACUUUAACUCUUCCUGCUUCUGGCCCCGCCCCUGCUCUGACCCCGCCCCUCGUCGAGCAGGUGGCUGAGGCCGCGCCGACCGCGGCCGACGUCCUGCAGGCCGUGRCRGCGGAGCCUCGGCUGGUAGAACUGGGUCUGGGCAGUUACACACCCAGCGGUCUGAUCCAGAAMUUKUUGGAGUCCUUACACCUGGAUYUGGGCCUGCCCUGGUGGGGGGCUAUCGCUGUAGCGACGGUUCUGAUCCGUUUGGCCCUGUUUCCGGUCAUGGUGAAGGGCCGGCGAGAGGCGGUCAAACUCAACAACGUCCGGCCCCAGUUCACUAACCUCACCGACAAAAUGAAGGAGGCGGAACAUAGUGGAAACCAAUUCGAAYUCGACAAAGCGUACUCUGAUCUAAAGCUGUUCAAGAAGAAGCACGACCUGAAUCUUUUAAGUGGUUCCCUGGUUCCUUUAGUGCAGACUCCAGUCUUCUUGUCCUUCUUCACCGCCCUGAAAGGAAUGACGAACCUGCCGGUGCCCAGCCUGCAGACAGGAGGCACUCUGUGGUUCACAGACCUGACGGCAGCAGAUCCGUUCUACAUUCUUCCUCUGGUCGUCACAGGAACCAUGUUCUUGGUCGUGGAGCUCGGUGCAGAGUCUGAUAUCGACAUACCUGAAAUGCAAACCAUGAAGACGGUGUUUAGGAUCAUGCCUUUCAUCAUUUUACCUUUCAUCAUUAACUUCCCCACGGCCAUGUUCACCUACUGGGCCACCUCCAACAGCUUCUCUCUGAUUCAAGUGGCUCUGCUCAAACACCCGGCAGUCAGAAAGAAGCUGAGGAUCCCCGAAAAGAUCAAACACACAGAAACAGCCAUG